AUGAUAGGACUCUUGGGAGGCUUUGUACCUGGCGAAAAGUCUCCAGAGAUGAGCCACGGGAUCUAUAAGAAAUCUCUGAAGACAAAAGCAAGGUUCUCAUCAGAUUUCUCUUUUUUGUUGUCGUUUUACAGCUUUCUCCUUGUCUUUGGUUGCUUGAUUUUGUCAGUGUUUUCCACCAUUCCUGAGCACACGAAAUUGGCCUCGAGUUGCCUCUUGAUUCUGGAAUUUGUGAUGAUUGUCGUCUUUGGUUUGGAGUUCAUCAUUCGAAUCUGGUCUGCAGGUUGCUGUUGUCGGUACAGAGGAUGGCAAGGAAGACUGAGGUUUGCCCGAAAGCCCUUCUGUGUUAUAGAUACCAUUGUUCUUAUCGCUUCAAUAGCAGUUGUUUCUGCAAAAACUCAGGGUAAUAUUUUUGCCACGUCCGCACUCAGAAGUCUCCGUUUCCUACAGAUCCUCCGUAUGGUGCGCAUGGACCGAAGGGGAGGCACUUGGAAAUUACUAGGUUCUGUGGUUUAUGCUCACAGCAAGGAAUUAAUCACAGCUUGGUACAUAGGAUUUUUGGUUCUUAUUUUUUCAUCUUUCCUUGUCUACCUGGUGGAAAAGGAUGCCAACAAAGAGUUUUCUACAUACGCAGAUGCUCUGUGGUGGGGCACAAUUACAUUGACAACGAUUGGCUAUGGAGACAAAACUCCCCUAACUUGGCUGGGAAGAUUGCUUUCUGCAGGCUUUGCGCUCCUUGGCAUUUCUUUCUUUGCACUUCCUGCCGGCAUUCUUGGCUCAGGUUUUGCAUUAAAAGUACAAGAACAGCACCGCCAGAAACACUUUGAGAAAAGAAGGAACCCAGCUGCCAACCUCAUUCAGUGUGUUUGGCGUAGUUAUGCAGCUGAUGAAAAAUCUGUUUCCAUUGCAACCUGGAAGCCGCAUUUGAAGGCCCUGCACACCUGCAGCCCCACCAAGAAAGAACAAGGGGAAGCAUCAAGCAGUCAGAAGCUAAGUUUUAAGGAGCGGGUGCGCAUGGCUAGCCCACGAGGCCAGAGUAUUAAGAGCAGACAAGCCUCGAUAGGUGACAGGAGGUCCCCGAGCACCGACAUCACAGCCGAGGGCAGCCCCACCAAAGUGCAGAAGAGCUGGAGCUUCAACGACCGAACCCGCUUCCGGCCCUCGCUGCGCCUCAAAAGUUCUCAGCCCAAACCCAUGGUAGACGCUGACACCGCCCUUGGCACUGAUGAUGUAUAUGAUGAAAAAGGAUGCCAGUGUGAUGUAUCUGUAGAAGACCUCACCCCACCACUUAAAACUGUCAUUCGAGCUAUCAGGAUAAUGAAAUUUCAUGUUGCAAAACGGAAGUUUAAAGAAACAUUACGCCCAUAUGAUGUAAAAGAUGUAAUUGAACAAUAUUCUGCUGGUCACCUGGACAUGUUGUGUAGAAUUAAGAGCCUUCAAACACGUGUUGAUCAAAUUCUUGGAAAAGGGCAAAUCACAUCAGAUAAGAAGAGCCGAGAGAAAAUAACGGCAGAACAUGAGACCACAGAUGACCUCAGUAUGCUCGGCCGGGUGGUCAAGGUUGAAAAACAGGUACAGUCCAUUGAGUCCAAGCUGGACUGCCUGCUAGACAUAUACCAGCAGGUCCUCCGGAAAGGCUCCGCCUCAGCCCUCGCUUUGGCCUCAUUCCAGAUCCCACCGUUUGAAUGUGAACAGACAUCUGACUAUCACAGCCCCGUGGACAGCAAAGACCUGUCCAGCUCCGCCCAGAACAGUGGCUGCCUAACCAGAUCAGCUAGUGCCAACAUCUCUCGAGGCCUGCAGUUUAUUCUGACGCCAAAUGAGUUCAGUGCUCAGACUUUCUACGCGCUGAGCCCCACUAUGCACAGUCAAGCAACACAGGUGCCACUGAGUCAAAGCGAUGGCUCCUCGGUGGUGGCCACCAACAACAUUGCAAACCAAAUAAAUGCGGCCCCUAAGCCAGCAGCCCCAGCAACUUUACAGAUCCCGCCUCCUCUCCCAGCCAUCAAGCACCCGCCCAGGCCAGAGACCCUGCACCCAAGCCCCACAGGCUUACAGGAGAGCAUUCCUGAUGUCACCGCCUGCCUUGUUGCCUCCAAGGAAAAUGUUCAGGUUGCACAGUCAAAUCUGACCAGGGACCGUUCUCUGAGGAAGAGCUUUGACAUGGGAGGAGAAACUCUGUUGUCCGUCCACCCAGUGGCGCCCAAGGACUUGGGCAAAUCUUUGUCUGUACAAAACCUGGUCAGGUCCACAGAGGAGCUGAAUAUCCAGCUUUCGGGGAGCGAGUCAAGUGGCUCCAGAAGCAGCCAAGAUUUUUACCCCAAAUGGAGGGAAUCCAGAUUGUUUAUAACUGAUGAAGAGGUGGGUUCGGAAGAGGCGGAGACAGACGCUUUCGAUGCCGCGCCGCAGCCUGCCAGGGAAACUGCUUUUGCGUCAGACUCACUAAGGACUGGAAGGUCUCAAUCAUCUCAGAGCAUUUGUAAGGCCGGAGAAAGUACAGAUGCCCUCAGCUUGCCUCACGUCAAACUGAAAUAAGUUCGUCUUCUUUCUAGGCAUAGCAGUUCCUUUAGCCAUACAUAUCAUUGCAUGAACUAUUUCGAAAGCCCUUCUAAAGUUGAAUUUGCAAGAAUCAGGAAGAACAUGAAAGGCAGUUUAUAAGCCCAUUAUCUUUUAAUUGCAUGAAAAUGCAUGUUUAGGGAUGGCUGAAAUUCCGAGGUACAUCAACAUUAACCCGCUCAUUUAGUAACGUACCUUGAGUUAAUAAUCCUGAGAAACCAAACACUGCUAAUGCUGUGGGAUGUAUGAAAAUUAGGCCACUUAGAAGAUUUUGACUCUCUAUUUUGAAAUUAUGGGAGUAAACACCUUCAAAUUUCAGCCAUUUCUGCUUUGCGAUUAAAUGCAAACUAUAUUUUCAAAAUUAGGCCAUAAUGUAUAUUUAAACACAAUGGCACUCAUCAACAGCUGCUAGCAAGGUACCAAGUAAAGCAGAAUUUGGGAACAGUAGAAAUGGCUGCUUAUUUCAAGAUAUAUAGUUGCCAACCCAUUCCUUAUUCAGUCAUAUUAUUAUUAAUGUACUUUGAAUGUCAGUAUGUGUGCUUUUGGCGAUUUACUGCUGUGGCAAGCAAUUUUGCACAUCACUUUCAUGUUGUUCUUUAUGAUGAGAAUGUUCUUCAAUUAGAAAAUGUACAAAUCAUGAAAUUCAGGGCCAGUGGGGCAAAUAGACUGACUAUUUGACACUUUUGACGUUAUGGAAACAUAUUCCUCUAAUGGCUGGAAUCAACUUUAUAAGUUGUCAACUUCUACCCAAACAAAGGAAAUGCUGACCAGUAGGAUGGCCGGUGUGGUUGGGCUGAGCUCUCCGCAAUGGCGCCUGCCCAGACUUGGCAAUGCUGCCCACAGAAAGGGGAAGUGUGAGAAGCCGUUCCCACUAAGCUGGUUCACAGGCAGGAUCCCAGGGACUGAGACAUGGGAGUGAGACUGAGAUGGGGAAGGCCUGAGAAGAACCGAGACACAACACUGGGAAGUCAGUGAAGUUCAAGAAAGUGACUUCCCCUCAAAGGGCAAUGAGAGGGAGAGAAAAAUACCAAAAUAAAAGAACUCAAUUUUUUUUUUUUUUUUUUAGAAAAUGAAUACUACUAAGAAAUUCAACUACCUAAACAUCUUAUUCUUAUAUAUAAACAGAGAAUUUUGCAAGGUAUUUAUUUUUUAAUAUGCCCUGAAUGUUUUUUGCUAUUAUGUAGUACAUUUACAUAUGAACGGCUAAAACGAAACCUCCUUUACUUCUUAUAGUGAACAUUUUCUAUUCUCCCCAAGAAUAUUGUCCCAAAUCUGAAAUUAUUGGUUCGGUUUCCUGGUACAGUAUAAGCAUUUAUAGUUAGAAAAGCCAGGUAACACUGGCAGGGUCUGCAAAUCAAAACACUUCAUCAUAUAACAGGACCACAAAAAGCCCAAGAGAAAUAAAAUAGAACAUGUAUUUACCAGAAAGCAAGCAAUGCUGACAACUUGUUAGAAACCAGUCUACUGAUCUCAGACCCGCAGAACUUCAGCCAAGGUAAUGGUCUUCGAAAAGCAAGGAGAAGCAAGAUAGCACUCAAUUCACUUCAACUCUAGCCACAAAGGACAUUUUUAAAGGCCUCCUCCUCCUAACCCCAUCCCACCCAACCCCCCACAAAUAGUGCUGCCUGCUGAAAAACUCCAGCAGCCCAAAGAAUGAGCAAGGAUAUCAACUGGGUAGCCAAAGGCAAGAGGAGGCCCUGAAAUCCCCCAGUUCUCUCUCACAACCUGCUUUCUCCACCUCUGACUCCCUCCUUACUUUUCUUCUCCAGUAACUGCUUGUCAAUUCUCUGCCACUAUUUUGCUUCUGAACUUCACUAGCCUUACCCAGCCUCCAACCCCAAGGAAACCACUUCUCCACCUAAAAUGUGCUUCCCAACCUUUUAAAGUCCCUGUCCCUUUUGAUAGACACCGACAUUUUGAAAGCUUCCUCUUCUUGCCUGCCCAAGUUCUAGCACAUUCCCCUGGAGUGUAUCAUUCAGAAUCUUCUCUGCCGCUGGAGACACACUGAAGGUAGAGUCUAAUUUUACACUCCAGCUAAAAGGAUUUUGCCAAACUUUUAAAGCAAUUAUUUUCAUUUUUGAAACAUAGACUCUUAGUCAAUUAUCCAAUGCAAUUUUUCAUUGACCCAUGUCUCUACUCAACCUGAAGUUGUGAUACACCCUCUGGAGGAGGUUGCACGCACACACAAAUACACGCACGCACACACACCUCCACUGACCUAAAGCCAGACAUCUCCAUAUACUUGGAGGAAGCGGGAGGAGGCAGCAAUUUUCAGGCAGCGCUGAUUCUUGGACACACUCUGUCCUGGGUCAAACCCCACUGGCAGCAGGAAUUCUGAAUGUAUUGGGGACCCCUCCUUGGGCUUCAAACACAGCACAGUUCAUCCAGCAUUGCUGAAGAUAGAAGAUUCAGAAACAAAACCUACAAAUAUCACUGAGGUCUUAAUCAUAGCAAAAUGCAAUGAACCAUGUUAUGAGAAACUGUUGUACAUUGAAGCCAUGACCAUAUUGUGUCUAUCUUAACUCUAGCACAAAAAAAAAAAUUACUGGAUAUU